CACCGGCCCUUCCCACGGAGAAGUCAGGUCAUGGAGGUGCAACUCUUUACACGAAUUCGACAGCGAAAACCCAACUCUUGAUCACAACAUGGUGGCUGCUGGAAAGGGUGCCGUGAAGUCCUUAGCAAUUUCAGGUGACAAGCUCUUCAGUGCUCAUCAAGACCACAAAAUCCGAGUGUGGAAAAUCAACACCCACCACGAGCACGAUCGCCAAAAGUGCUCGCGGCUAGCCACACUUCCAACGCUUGGCGACCGCGCUGCGAAGCUCCUGAUGCCCAAUAACCAUGUCCAAAUAAGAAGGCACAAGAAGUGCACAUGGGUUCAUCAUGUGGACACUGUGUCUGCCCUGGCCUUGUCAAGUGAUGAGCAGCUUCUGUACUCCGUUUCGUGGGAUCGAACGCUCAAGGUGUGGAGCACAACAGACUUCAGAUGCCUGGAGUCAGUAAGGAACGCGCACGAUGAUGCGAUAAACGCAGUCACAUCAUCAAACGAUGGACAUGUCUACACUGGAUCAGCAGACAAAAGAAUCAAGGUGUGGAGAAAAGACUUGGGAGAAAAGAAACAUUAUUUAGUUGCCACAUUAGAGAAGCACAAUUCUGGGGUGAAUGCGCUUGCUCUGAGCAGAGAUGGCUGUGUGUUGUUUUCGGGGGCAUGCGACAGGUCCAUUGUGGUGUGGGAGAAGAAGGAAGGUGAGGCUCACAUGGAGGUUGUGGGUGCGCUUAGAGGGCACACAAAGUCAAUUUUGUGCUUGGCUGUGGUUUCUGACUUGGUCUGCAGUGGCUCUGCAGACAAAAGCAUAAGAAUUUGGAGAGGGGUUGAUAGAAGCUACACGUGCUUAGCAGUUUUGGAAGGGCAUAAUGGUCCUGUCAAGUGUUUAACUGCUGCAGUUGAUGAUGACCAUUGCAGCUCAUCUAACAUGUCUUGUAUUAUUUACAGUGGUAGUUUGGACUGUGACAUCAAAGUCUGGCAGGUCUUUGUUCCUAGUAAUUAGGGUUUUAAUUUCUUUCUUAAUUACUUGUUAAUCUUCCUCUAAUUGAGUCUGUGGGCAAUUUAGUGUUUUGGCGUAGGCAAUGAGAGGAGAGAUUGUGUUUGUGCCAUCUCUUCUUAAUUUCUCUCAGCUCAUAAUUAAUAUAAUAAAAGAGAUGAAAUAAUUUAUGAGCUUUCUAUUUGUGUGCGCUAAAUUAUUGUAUGGCAUUUCUCUAUCA